CCCAGAAGACACCGCGAUGGGAUACAAUAGUCUGCCCAACCCAAAAAGUGACAGCGACAGUGGCUAUUAUGCCAGUCCCGAGAGGACGACGCGAUAUGACCACCACGAUUAUUAUUCUCUACAAGACAGCUACGGAUCUAAACAUGAUACUCGCCAGACUGUGAUGUCAUCAAGUCCUUCUAUUGAAAGUAGAUACCCAAAUAGGAACGGUUCACACCCACAUGACCCGCAGUCGACACUAGGAGAGACAAGCUUUAUCACCGAAGACUACGACAAGUAGGCCAUCGUACAUGGAAUCCCGGUAUCCAAGCGGGCGACCUCCGCCGUCAGGGCCAAGUAGUUUAUCUCCUUCCUACGAACACAAGUAUACAGGUCCGAGGACAAAUUUGGCAGAUCCUUACGAAAAAUAUCCCGCUGCCACAAGACCUGGCGCUAAUACUACUGCUGCAGGAUAUUUUAAUUACGACAGGCAUUCCAGUCCACGAUCCACUGGUGUCGUUGCUCCAAGCCAUAACAGGAAUUCCUCCGAGAGACUCAGCCACCAAUACGAUGCGAGAGCGUCACCGGAAUCGACCCGACCAAGUUUAAGGGAGAAACGAGAGGCAUUCUUUGGGGGUGGCAGUCCAACAUCGCCAGUUGGGGGAGAACAACGCGACCUUGUGAGUUCAUCUUCACCAACAUUGUCUACCCAGCAUUCACCUGUAGAACAAACUUCAAACUUGCACCAUCAACAUCACCAAAGGUCAAGUCCAUAUGAACAGCAGCAUUAUCAGCAAUCUCAUUCCACUAGCACGCCAUCAAGUCACCAGACAAGUCCAAUGCCAAGUCAGUAUAACCCGGUCCAUAACUAUUCGCCGGAAUCCUCGUUUACCAGGUAUCAAAGGCCACCAGAAGAAAAUAAGUCUCCCGUUGAUGAACGUUACCACAGUUACCAAAACAGACAGCAUGAAUCCCCUAGUCCAUCAAGACCAGAAGUGGGCGGUAGACCAGUUAGUUAUCCAUCGAGACACAGCCCAAAUGACAGCCGAGAAUAUAGACCACAGAGUUAUCCACCUAAAUACGAUGUUAGCCCAAAAGAGGUAUCAAGACCCGGAAGGUAUGAAUACACUCCCAAAGAACCCAAUGUACAUUCUAGUAUACCGAACACUGCAAUAGCAAAUGGAGUGAAAUACACAGCGGAGCCGUUGCAGAAGGCUCUACCACCCCAGGUCACAGAGGGGCGCACAAGGUUGCCAUAUCAAGUAACUCCGCCAAGGAAACCUGGUCCUAGUACCGCUGAGCAAAAGCUGGAAGAACUCACGAGACAGCUCGAGGAAGAACUAGAGAUUAAUCCGGAAGGAGAGUUUUUUGGGGUUUGUUACCAAUGUAAUGAUCCUGUGACUGGAACAGCGCAGGCAUGCCAGGCCAUGGGUAAUCUCUAUCACACCGACUGUUUUAACUGUUGUUCAUGCGGUCGAACGUUAAGAGGAAAAGCCUUCUACAAUGUUCAUGGAAAAGUUUACUGUGAAGAAGAUUACCUGUAUUCUGGAUUCCAGCAAACCGCUGAGAAGUGUGCAAUCUGUGGUCAUCUAAUCAUGGAAACGAUCUUACAAGCUAUGGGGCGCUCUUAUCACCCUGGAUGUUUUCGAUGUAUUGAAUGCAAUGAGUGCCUUGAUGGAGUGCCAUUUACAAUCGAUUCAAACAACAAGAUUUAUUGUGUUAAUGAUUAUCAUAAGCAAUAUGCUCCUAAAUGUGCAGUGUGCAGAGAGCCCAUCACACCGGUACAGGGAUCCGACGAAACUGUCAGAGUAGUAUCUACCAAUAAGGAUUACCACGUUGAUUGCUAUCGCUGUGAGGACUGUGGAAUUGAAUUAACAGAUGAACCAGAGAAAUGGUGUUACCCGCUUAUGGAUCAUUUAUUAUGUCAUAGUUGUCACAUUACCAGACUUCAAGAUCAAGGACAGCCAAUCCCGUCUCACCUUGAAGCACCGGAGCAAUACCCGUAUUACCACCACCACCGCCAGCAACGUCAACAUUCGAUACCAACACGGUCACCACCAAUACAGGGAGUAAUCUAUGACUCUGUACCUACUCGGGAAUCUACACUGCCGCAUGCCUCGUUGCCUCAAGCUUCGAUAUCACCAAGGUCGCAUAUGAUACUACCAUCCCCGCCAACAAUGCAGAAGUCGCCGAAUCCUCCAUUACAGUCAACGCCAGGAUUUCGAAUGACGGAUCUCUGAUGAAUCAUGAAUGUAUUCCAUCUGGUAUUGCUGUGUGCAUACAUGUGUGUAACGUUCUGACUACUCCAAGAUACACCCAAUGGUUUAAUUGUUCUUACACAGUUGAGCAUUUCACAAUAAUUUAGGACAUGAAUGACCACGAACAGAGUUUCUCUCGCUGAAAUGAAAUACUUCCAAGUUUCUCAGAUCCAGUUACUACAUGUGCUUGAGGCUGAUGUUAAUAUGUAUCUUCUGAUCGUAUAAAACAAAAUACUGGUGUAUAGGUAUUGUAUUUGCGCUAUUGGUUGUGCAUGAUGUACUUGCGUACAUGGAAAGUACCCCCUAGUAUGUUCAAAAUAAUAUGAUAUUAUAAUGUUCAAAAUAAAUAAGACCUGGUGGUUAAAAUGCCCUUCUAAUAGAGCAAAUGUGAUGUAUGAUACUGUACAUUGUAUUAUUUUUAUUUUGACGAGCAAACUUCCUCAUUUCAUAAUUUAUUAUAACAUAUCUGUUUAAUAACUCUAGAUUAAUUCUCUGACAAGACAGCCUUUUGUCAGUAGGGAGCGUUAUUAGAAUUCAAUGACGAACAAAUGACAUUAAGAAUUAUUUUGCGAUCCAGAUUCCGCAGUCGCACAUCUAUAUGUUCUAAGCGAUUUAUACAACACAUGUUAAAUAAUGUGAACCAUUUUGAUUCGAUGAUUAAAUCAUGAAGACAAAAAGUGAUCACUAUAGUACCUUUAAUUAUAUCAAUUUGGUUUUCAGCAUUUUCUCUACCAUUUGUCAAAAUGUUUCCUUCGAAAAUUUUCACAAUAAAAUUAGGUAAAAAUUUUGAGAGUUCAGAUACAUAUCAGCAAGCAGCAGAGUGAUACAUGUAUAAGCAUUACAGAUCUAUUUUUAGGUUUAACGUUAAUAUUUAAAAAUAAUUUACAGAAAAAUGUUCACUGACUGUGACUAGAUUAAAGUGAGCAUGUAAACAGACGUUGUAUACGUCAUAUGAUAUGCAUACCAUACUGCGAAAAAAUGGUUGCAUCUAAACCAUAAUUAAUUCUGGGAAUUUGAUCAAAGGUUAAUACGAGGAUACUUCAAAGUAUGCAUGAAGACUGUACAGCGGUGACAGAUGUAUAAUAAUAUGCAUUAUUAUUUAACUCAAUUAGUUGGUGCUAGGAUUGUUGAUUAUUAUUCAGCAUAUUUGUUCUAAAAUUUAUUGAGAGGGGGAAUGUUUCAUUCAUGACAGGAACUACUCAAUUAAUGAAUUGUGUACACAACAUGGGACAGUUGUUGACCUGAAAGUUGAUGGUUAAGAAGUCUAUCAGGUAUUGUAUUAGGGACGAUAUGAUUGGAUAUCAGGCUUAUGAUAGGGAUGAUAUGAUUGGAUAUCAGGUCUUGUGUUAGGGAAGAUAUGAUUGGAUAUCAGGUCUUAUGUUAGGGAAGAUGUGAUUGAUUAUCAGGUAUUGCUGCAUUAAAUGUUUACCCACUA